AGUUGCACACAGUUCAGGAAGUGACAAGUCGAUUUCCUCCUCCCCGGGAGCCGCUCGGUACAAAGCGCUCGGCGCCGGCGGCGGAGCGUGCGCGCGGCGGACGCGCGGCGGGCAGCCCGGACGACUCGGCGAGCGCCGGCGGCGACGGCGCGGAGCCCGCGCCCGGAUCGCCCCGCCGCGCAGAGGAGUUGACCACACUCGGCCAUUUUCUGUAAGAGCCCCACCCCGAGGGUGAGCGACUGAUGGGGAGCUGUUUCUGCUGACAUCACUCACCUGGGAGGUGCCCAGGAGAUCACCUCUGCCCAAGUGUGCCCAACGAGAUGGCUCGUGCCCACCCUGGGACAGAGCCCAACGCCUGAGGUCCUUACCAUGGUGAUGAUCCUAAGGAAAAGCCUCAGCAACCAGGGCCCUGACUCCAUAGCGUGCAAGACCUUCAACUCUGAGCUGCACACGCCAAAGAAGAUGAGUCGCGGACCGACACUUUUCUCUUGUGGAAUUAUGGAAAAUGACAGAUGGCGAGACCUGGACAGGAAGUGCCCUCUUCAGAUUGACCAGCCGAGUGCCAGCAUCUGGGAAUGCCUCCCUGAGAAGUGUCAGGAUGGCGCUCUGUGGCACCGGGAGGCAGCGACCGCCUGCGCGGUGACCAACCUGAUCAAAGACCUCAGCCUCAGCGACCACAAUGGGAACCCCUCAGCACCCCCCAGCAAGCGCCAGUGCCGGUCACUGUCCUUCUCCGAUGAAAUGUCCAGCUGCCGGACAUCAUGGCGGCCCUUGGGGUCCAAAGUGUGGACUCCGGUGGAAAAGCGGCGGUGCUACAGCGGGGGCAGCGUCCAGCGCUACUCCAGCGGCUUCGGCACCAUGCAGCGCAGUUCCAGCUUCAGCCUCCCCUCCCGGGCCAAUGUGCUGUCCUCACCCUACGACCCAGCGGGAUUUCACCACCGGUUUGGAGGCCAGCCCUGCCAAGGGGCGCCCGGCUCGGCCACCUGUGGACAGGCGGGCGACAUUUGGAGCCCCGACCUGAAUCCCGUGGGAGGGGGCCGGCUUGACAUGCAGCGGUCGCUCUCCUGCUCGCAUGAGCAGUUCUCCUUCGCAGAGUACUGUGUGCCCUCAGCCAGCAGCACCCCUGCCUCGACGCCAGAGCUGGCCAGGCGCUCCAGUGGGCUCUCCCGAAGCCGCUCCCAGCCGUGCGUCCUUAACGACAAGAAGGUCGGCGUUAAACGGCGGCGCCCUGAAGAGGUGCAGGAGCAGAGGCCUUCCCUAGACCUGGCCAAGAUGGCACAGAACUGUCAGACCUUCAGCAGCCUCAGCUGCCUGAGCGCGGGGAUGGAGGACUGCGGCCCCCACAGCCCCUUCACCUUCCACGUCAGCAGCACCCGGUCCUGGACCGCACUGCUGUCGGCCUCAGCCUCCAGCCCCGGGGGCAGGACCCCCGCCGGGACGCCAGUCCCUGAGCCUCUCCCCACAUCCUUCGAUGACCACCUCACCUGCAAGGAGGAGCUGUGCUGUGAGGAGUCAGAUGGCUGUGCCCCGGACGAGGUCUGCGGCAGGAAUGGGGAGCCGGCCAUGGCCUGGCGGGACCGCGGGGCUCCCGGGAACAGCCCUUGCUCCCUGGACGGCGAAUUGGACAUUGAACAGAUAGAGAACAACUAAGGGCGGGGCACAGGCCCCCGGUCAGGGGUGGGGAUGCAUUAGGAUCAACAGCCUUCCUCUAGGCACUAGGUGGGCACUUGAAGGGGGGAGCCCCACCCCUGGGCCUGACAGAAGCUUCCUGGAAGGUGUUGGGUCCCAGGGAGUGAGCCCACCCACCUCCUGGAGAGGCCCAGGCUGCGGGGGCCUUGGCCGACCUGGCCACACCACGCAGUGGAACCCUCAGCCGCUCACCAGCACAGCAGCCACGGUCCCCAGAACUGCUGGAGCCGCUAGAGCAGCUGCUCGGUUUGGGUCUCUCUCCCCGCUUUCCUCGUGGGACAUCAGCCACCAGCAUCCAGGUCACCCCCGCUGGGCAGUCUCACAGCUCCGCUCUGCAUGCUCUCAGGGGGACCUGGGCUCAGGUCCAUCCUGUGGCGGCACGGCCUUUCUUGGCCUCCUGCUCAGGUUCAGUUUUGGGGAGUCGGCCCCACUGUUUCUUUCACUCAGUUUUAUUCUGUGCCUUCUCUCCCAGGUCUCCCUGCUCCAGGCUUGGGAAGGUUCAGGAGAUGCUUCCUUCUGUAGUGACACCAGAACCAUUUGGCCUUAAUUCCAAGUGUGAAAGACAGAGGCCCAGGGGUGCUGGGGCGGCCCUCCACGUCUGAACUCUCAGGGCCCAGAGAACAACUUGGGGUGCUUGGUAGAGGACAUCUUCAUUGGGUAGACAUUUGGUGGAUCUGUUGGCCGAAAAGACAGACCCACUUAACCUCUGCCAUGCACAGAGAGCCUGACCCCGUGGCUCUCUGCCACUCCGGGGGCCGCUUUGGCAGCGUUGGCAGCUGGCAGCCAUUCCCUGUGGCUCACCUGUCACUAAGUGAUGAGUUAGUUGAUUCAGGUGACUGGAGAGAUGUCACCAUAAAAGGGCAACCUCUUGAAGAUGUCCUCAGGAGGGAGGAGCCAUGAGCAGUUACACAAACCCAAGUCCCGUGCAUAUUUCAGGGGUGGAGGAUGUCUGCUGGCCGCUCUGGGCGGGGCCUGGAUCAAGGAUCUGAAGGCCCCUGCAGUGUUCAUUGGUGGUGGGGACGCUGGCUUUAAUCAAGGUGCCGCGUUGGCCUCGGGACUAGCCCACCUGCCAGUCAGCUGGGGGAGCAGAGCGUUUUCAGUGCUGCCUCCUUGCUGCGGCCCCACCUGGAGGCACACUGGCACCCUCCCAGUUCCUCGCACCCCGCAGACUCCCUGGUGGCGGUGGUGACAAGGAUCCCUGCCCCCCAAGGUCUCGCUCUCAGCGGCUCCCGUCCAGCCUGGCUGCAGACACGUGCCCUGGGCGCUGCUCUCUUGGAAUUGGGCUUUUAGCAAGCUCCGCAUCUUCUGCAGACAAUAGCAAUUGGGUCGGCUUAUGAGCAAGUGGCUCCUUUUCCCAAAAGGCUAAAAAUAACUGGUGCGCUCUCUGGAGUUUGCUGACACGUGAAAAGGCACUUUCGUAGUCACGCUGCUUCUGCUCAUCUUGUUAACAGCAAAUGCCUCAUUGCUUUUCCCCUAAAGAGAGACCCAAUUGGGAAGCUUUACUUAAACCUUCACUUUUUUAUAUCAUAAGUGUGGUGUCUCAGGUCCUGAUUUAUAGGUGGCUUUUCCUACAAGUCAGCCAUAAGGUUCUUGCAGAAAACCCCAAGUCAGUGGCCUCGGAGAUGGUAUCGAAGCCUCUGGUUGGGAAGCACAUGGGUGUGCGGGCGCUGGGCAGGGCCUGGGGUGUGAACCAGCUUCGCCUCUGGUUCCCCCUGGAGAGCCAAACCACAGAGCUGGUGGCUCUGGUAGACGAUCUCGCCCAAUCCCCACCUGGUGGGUUGGGGAGGCCAUGUCUUCUUAGAGGUGACCGGAGGAGGCGGGGGCUGUCAUUGGGUGACAUCUGGCAGAGUAUGAAUUGAGUGCUUCAUGUCCUCAGAAAGCCUGGGGUGGGAGGUACUGGCAUCUGGCCCACACCCAGAGGGGCCACAGAGGGACCACGGCCCGUGAAACAGUCCUUCCUCCGCCAGGAGAGGCAAGGCCCCAUCUCCUGGUCCACACCGCAGUGAGGGGUGGGGAUUUGAGCUAGGACGGGCCUGGACAGCAGCCCCCAUAUGCCUUUCCUCAGAGCCAGGAGGGGAUGCACAUGGGGGUGGGUGUCCCAGGUGACCUGCCCGCAGACCCUGCCGGCCACCUACCCCUAAGCUGGUCCUACUGACCCGCAAGCACAGCCUUGGGGCCCUUUCAGGCUGAAGGGAUCCUGGUCCAAGGCAGGGUCUGGCCCUUCCCAGUCGCCUCAGGCCGCUCUUGACUGUCCUCCCCCUGGCGGAUCUCCUAGCUCAAACCCACAGCAUCAGCAACGAGGGGAGAGAAUGGCCGAUGUCCUUUGUGCUCGGAGAAGAAGGCCUUCAGCUGACUUCACAUUGGUCCUGAUGGGAGUGUGCAGACUCCACGUAGAAGUACCGCCACCCCGCUGGCCCCAGGUCUUCUGGUCUUAGAGCUCUUGAACGGAGGGAGGCUCAACCCAGCAGGUCCCCCCCCCAUGCUUCUGUCCCCAGGGGCAGUAGGUGGGCCGGCGGACUCACCCCACAAAAGCCUUACUUUUGUCGGGGCCCUGCCUUUUGCAGCUGAUGCCCAUGAAGUCCUGCCUGUGAAGGGAGACUGAGGGAGAGCUGGGCCAGACCACUGCCUUUGGGGGGUGGGGGGGCCUGAAGGACAAGAGCAGGAUCGUGGCUCCAGGAGAGCUGGGUGGGGAGGAGAGGCGCACUGUCACAUGGCAUCCCCGCCCACUCCUAAGGCGCGCCCUCUAAAGCCGCUGUCUGCCGUGGGGGCCGGGCCCCACUGUUCACAGUGCCGCAAACCCUCUUGCCUUACUCGCAGUGGAGGCGGGGCCCGGCCCAGGGCCCACAGGCACACGCGACACCCGGGCCACAGGGGAGCCUGCUCCGACCACGUAUACGGAGUUUCAUUCUCAGAAAGCCUUACUUUUCAACAAAAUUUUUGUAGCAGGAAAGUUUUGUGAAUUUGUACUCUGAAAGAAAAUUUCAAUAAAGGAAAGCUCGCAUUAUAUUAAAAAAAAAAAAAAGAAAGAAAACCCAAACUUCCAAGUGGGUCUCCCCAUGCGGGUGGCGUGUGGGUCCCCAGGUCCGGCUGACGCUGCCCGAGGGGGCGUUCAGGGCACCGCCUGUCUGAGCGGCGUUUCGAGCACACUGGAUGCCCUGCUGCGUCUCCGUGUCGGCGCACGAGGUUGAAGUGAUGCCCUCUGGCCUCGGGGCCGGUCACCUAAGUGAUGACCGCUUCUGGCUCUGCGCCUGGAGCGUGAGCGGUCCCUUCAAACACCAGGGCUGGGCAGCCUGGCAGGUGCCGCCCAGACUCUGCUCCCACAGAGGCAGUGGGGCCGCCUCUUCCUACAGCCACACAGGUGGUCAAACCCCUCCCACUGGUGCCAGUCACAGGAAACCAUUGCCUCUUUAAAGAGAAAAGAAAAAGAUUAAAAAAAAAAAAUCCCAGACCGCAGCAGAGACCUUGUAGCCUAGGUAGGGCAGUCUGACCUUCUAGCAUAGUCUCUUUGGCAAAAAAAUUGUGAUUCCAGUGUGUGGGGGGGAUGUCCUGGAGGCUUGGUGGCAGCGCGUAGGCUGUUUCUGGGGCUGCAGCAUGCUUUCCGACACGUAUGUACUUCAGGAAGGCUGGUGGCCAGAGCGCGUGGGGUUGGGCCAGGCCCCCACCCAGGGCAGAGCGACCUUUGUGCCGAGGGCGCUGGGUCUGUGCCACCCACCUCCACCCCCGCAGCCUGGCCCCCCACGCAGGCCACCACUGUCUUGCACUAGGAGCCGCUCUAGUCUCUCAGGAAUUUGCUCGUUACUUUUACUUUGUAAAUAAAGCUUCCUGGUUCAAUAUCCAA